CAUGAAACAAAUAUACAGGGUACCAUUCGACAGGAACACAGAGAGGGUGAAAGAACUGCGGUACCAGUAUGUGCAGAGAAUAAUGGCAUUGGAGGGGAUUGAAACACCUCAUCUCCUGGUGUUUGUAGAUGAGGCUGGUUUCAAUCUGGCCAAGAGCCGCAGGCGCGGACGUAACAUCAUUGGCCAGCGGGCCACAGUGGACGUCCCGGGUCAAAGAGGGGGAAAUAUUACAAUGUGUGCAGCCAUUUCUGACAAUGGUGUGGCCACACGUAUUGCAAGCCUGGGCCCGUACAACACUCAGAGGCUCCUCCUCUACCUGGACCGUCUGUAUAUGGAUUUAGUCCCCGAAAAUGAAAGGGGUCUCGAAGCACCCCACCUACCACAGUUUGUCAUUGUGUGGGACAAUGUGAGCUUUCACCGUGACCCACUCAUCAGAGCAUGGUUCAACAGCCAUCCAAGGAUGCGUAAUGUGUUUUUACCACCAUAUUCGCCGUUUCUCAAUCCUAUUGAAGAGUUUUUCUCUGCUUGGAGGUGGAGAGUUUAUGAACGCCACAUUGGGGAUCAGAGGUCUCUCCUCAAUGCGAUGGAUGCUACCUGUGAAGACAUCACAGGCGAUCAGUGUCGGGGUUGGCUAAGACAUUCACGCCGCUUCUUCCCACGCUGCAUCGCAAGGGAGAACAUCCGGUGCGAUGUAGAUGAAAAUCUGUGGCCAAACAGAGAGCAGCGGAUGGAUGGCCAGGAGGAUGAGGAUGGUGACCAGGAGAGGGUGGGGGAAGACGGCAACAGCGACUAG